GCGGCGGCCCCAGCAGCGCGGCGCCGCCGGCCGCGUCCCAACUUGCACGCGUGGAGUGACCCCCGACAUUGCACUAAAAUGAGCGUGCUUGGCAGGACGAGAUGUGCUCCUCACACUAGAAAUUACCCCGUCACAUGUAGUGGUGUCCCAAUUAAUGGAUUCUGACAUGGAUUAUGAAAGGCCAAACGUAGAGACCAUCAAGUGCGUUGUGGUGGGGGACAACGCUGUGGGCAAGACCAGGCUCAUCUGUGCCCGGGCCUGCAAUGCCACCCUCACCCAGUACCAACUGCUCGCCACCCAUGUGCCCACGGUUUGGGCCAUCGACCAGUAUCGGGUAUGCCAGGAGGUGCUGGAACGCUCCCGAGAUGUGGUAGACGAUGUUAGCGUUUCCCUCCGCCUCUGGGACACCUUUGGAGACCACCACAAAGACCGUCGUUUUGCUUAUGGGAGAUCUGAUGUGGUGGUUCUGUGCUUCUCCAUCGCCAACCCCAAUUCCCUCCACCAUGUUAAGACCAUGUGGUACCCAGAGAUCAAGCACUUCUGCCCUCGAGCACCGGUCAUCCUGGUGGGCUGCCAGCUGGACCUGCGCUACGCUGACCUGGAGGCUGUCAAUAGGGCUAGACGACCCUUGGCGAGGCCUAUCAAGCCCAAUGAGAUCCUUCCCCCAGAGAAGGGUCGGGAGGUGGCCAAGGAGCUGGGCAUUCCCUACUACGAGACCAGCGUGGUGGCCCAGUUUGGCAUCAAGGACGUCUUUGACAACGCCAUCCGGGCGGCACUCAUCUCUCGCCGGCACCUGCAGUUCUGGAAGUCCCACCUCCGAAAUGUGCAGCGGCCUCUGUUGCAGGCACCCUUCCUGCCUCCCAAGCCACCUCCCCCGAUCAUCGUGGUGCCCGACCCCCCCUCCAGCAGCGAGGAGUGCCCCGCCCACCUCCUGGAGGACCCGCUGUGUGCGGAUGUCAUCCUGGUGCUGCAGGAGCGGGUGCGCAUCUUUGCCCACAAGAUCUACCUCUCCACCUCCUCCUCCAAGUUCUAUGACCUGUUCCUCAUGGACCUGAGUGAGGGGGAGUUGGGGGGCCCCUCAGGGUCAGGGGGCCCCCGCCCAGAGGACCAUAGGGGUCACCCUGAUCACCACCACCACCACCACCACCACGGACGGGACUUCCUGCUUCGAGCAGCCAGCUUUGACGUGUGCGAGAGCGUGGAGGAGGGCGGGAGCUCCGGGCCUGCUGGGCUUCGGGCCUCGACCAGCGACGGGAUCUUGCGGGGCAAUGGAACAGGGUACCUGCCAGGGCGGGGUCGAGUGCUGUCUUCCUGGAGCCGAGCUUUUGUGAGCAUCCAGGAAGAGAUGGCAGAAGAUCCUCUGACCUACAAAUCCCGGCUGAUGGUAGUGGUAAAAAUGGACAACUCCAUCCAGCCGGGGCCCUUCCGUGCUGUUCUCAAGUACCUGUACACGGGGGAGCUGGACGAGAAGGAGCGGGACCUCAUGCACAUCGCGCACAUCGCGGAGCUGCUAGAGGUCUUUGAUUUGCGCAUGAUGGUGGCCAACAUCCUCAACAAUGAGGCCUUCAUGAACCAGGAGAUCACCAAGGCCUUCCAUGUCCGCCGGACCAACCGAGUCAAGGAGUGCUUGGCAAAAGGCACCUUCUCAGAUGUGACCUUCAUCCUGGAUGAUGGCACCAUCAGUGCCCACAAGCCCCUAUUGAUUUCCAGCUGCGACUGGAUGGCUGCCAUGUUUGGGGGGCCGUUUGUGGAGAGUUCCACCAGGGAGGUGGUGUUUCCCUACACGAGCAAGAGCUGCAUGAGGGCCGUGCUGGAGUACCUCUACACGGGCAUGUUCACCUCCAGCCCCGACCUGGACGACAUGAAGCUCAUCAUCUUGGCCAACCGCCUCUGCCUGCCGCACCUGGUUGCUCUCACAGAGCAGUACACAGUGACCGGGCUGAUGGAAGCAACCCAGAUGAUGGUUGACAUUGAUGGGGAUGUCCUUGUGUUCCUGGAACUGGCUCAGUUCCACUGCGCAUACCAGUUGGCCGACUGGUGUCUCCACCACAUCUGCACCAACUACAACAACGUGUGCCGCAAGUUCCCCCGCGACAUGAAGGCCAUGUCCCCAGAAAACCAGGAGUAUUUUGAGAAGCACCGGUGGCCACCUGUCUGGUACCUGAAGGAGGAGGACCACUACCAGCGGGCACGGAAAGAACGGGAGAAGGAGGAUUAUCUCCACCUGAAGCGGCAGCCCAAGCGGCGAUGGCUGUUCUGGAACAGUCCCUCCUCACCAUCCUCUUCCGCUGCCUCCUCAUCAUCCCCAUCUUCCUCCUCAGCCGUGGUCUGAGAUGCUGCCACCCUCUUCUGACCCUGCUGCUGUUGUCCCUACUUGCCCCUCUGCUCUUCUGCAUUGCCCCCUCACCCCCACCUUCCAGGGACAAGGGGACCCACAUAACCAGGACCCUUGAGGGCAGAGCUGUUCUCAUAGACAGCAAGAGAGGAGCUGGGCCUUGUCAAUCAGAGCAGGCACGCCCUGCAGAGGUCUCCAGUUCCAAGGCUGGGUAGGAGAAGCUGCUGGAGGGUGGGAGCAUGAAAGGGCUAAGUCUGGCACCUUAUCUCUCAGUUGGUGAACCCCAGAGUCAAAGGGAAACUGCUCCUGGCCAUGAGACCUGUGGUAUGUGUCUCUGAGGGUCCUGCCUCUGUGGCCGUGUUUUUCCAGCAAAGGACUUGAGGGCUACACUUGUUUUGUGGGUGUUCCCACAUGGCGCCUACUUAAAUCCUCACUGGAGAAGCCAGGGUAGAAAUUAAGCCUUUAGAGCCCAACUCAAGGCUUUUGCAUCCUGGGGCACAGCUGCCAGAGGCCACAAGUGUAAAGGCCUCCACUCUGCCAGCCUCCCUAUAGGGCCACAUGCAUCCAGGCCUGAUGAAGGCUGGCAGGCUGCUCAGAAUAUGGGCCUAGAAGCAGUUGCUUUUGGUGCAAUCAGAAGUCUCCCUCCCUGGUCCUUCACCACUCAGAUUUGGAGAGGAGAGCCAACAGCAACAGCUGGGAUGGGGGCAGAGAAGGAAGGUGGUGGGGGAAGGGGUCUGGGUAUAGCAAUCCCCUGUUCUGUGGGGCCCCUCCCCACCUCUGGUUAGCAUGGCUUCUUAUGGGGUGAGGCAAAAGUAGCAAAAACAAAAAACAAAACCCUAACAACAGCAAACAAAAUCACCAACAAAAUAUCCUAUCCUCUUAUCUCCUUGAAGGAAGAAAAACAGAAAAAGACAACGUAUAGCUUACAUUUUUAUAAAGCCUAACGGGCUCCUAUGAUGAUGAGAUAAAGGUUUAGGAUGUAGAAUUGACUCCGAUGGCUUUCAGGAAAGAACUUGUCACCUGCUGUGGCUGAGGAGGUCCUGGCCCUGCUGCUGACUCUGAGGGCCACACAUUUCUACCCCUUCAGCCUCCUGGGGUUGAAGUUUCAGGGGCUGGGGUAAGGGGCAGUGUCUCAGGGCUCAGACCUGGCGUGGGACCCCUGCUUUAAUCCAUGUCGAGAAUCAAGUUACCCCUUCACCUACUGAGGAUGACCCCAUAGGAUGUGAUGGUAUUGAGGGUGGGGUGGGUAGAAAGGUCAGAUAAAGGGCUGAAUUUGGAGAACAGGAGUCCCUGUAAUGAAGGCUUAUAGAACAUGGUCGUUCUUAGCUGGUUUGGGAUAAAAGGGGAGGAGAGAAAAAGGGAGAAUUAAAUUGGAGCAAAACCAAGGUCAGUCCUGAGGAGAAGAUGAAUGUGGAGGAUUAAGACUAGCUUGCACCCCCUGGGGAAAUGCUGGGCCAUGCCUGACCUGUUCCCCUUUUCUAAUGCUGAUCCACAUUUCAUACCCCCCCCAAACACCCUUUAUAGAUUUGAAAGGAUGAGCCCCUUAGUUGAAGGGUGGUGCCAGAGGGGCAAUUAGGUGCCAAGCUAGAGAAAGAUGCUUUAGAAAGGGGGAGUGGCUUUAGGUCCCAGCCCCCUGGGGUGGGCUGCACCAUCGACAGUCUGGCUUUAAGUCAGGGCUAGAGUAAAUCCCAAACAAAGGGAAACUUUGCAACAAUUAUGUGGAGCCACCACCUAGAGAUUUGAGGUUAGUCAAGGGGUAAGACAAGAGGAGGUAGAGAUCCAGUAGAUCGAGAGUGCCAGCGACCCCUGUUGUCAGAGCUGGGACUGACCCCAGGCAUGACUGCCUUCCCUCAAGUCCCUGGAGCGGGUGGGAGGCUGGCUUGGAAGCUGGGCAUGUGCUGCCCCCUGCCGGCUUGUCAGCCUCCCUUCAGCUGAGCGCAGCCUUUGGCCUCAGGGAGGGCUGAGGAGCUGAAGGGCAGGGUGGGAGACAAUGCUGGAGCAGGAUGCAGCUCUACCCCCUUGCUCUGGGGGAAGGUAACAGAGGAGGGACACACCUGAGUCUUAGGGCUUCCAAGAAUGCUAGGUGAGAGGGAGACCAGGGCCUCCAGAACAAGGGGAGGGGAAAGGUGUUCCUGACUUCGCAGGCUGAGGAAUCUGGGCCACUGAUGAGGAUGCACAAAGGCCAGUGGUGAGAGAAAGUGAAGAUGGCCAGGGAGUGUUCCCAGAAGUAUCCCACCACCCAGGGCCAGCUCACCCCUCAGGGACCCACUGCCCUUCCCCAAUGGCUCUGCCAGAGCCGGUCUGCACCAAGCAGGAGCCCAGCAGGCCCAGGUGCCUCCUGGAGACUCCACCUGGAGAGGCUGUGCUGCAGCCCCGUCCUCAGGCUGCAGGAGAGGGAGAGGAGGAGGGGCCAGUUCCAGUCCUCAGGAACCUGGUACUUGGAAAUCCAGAGUUAGAACAGGGACACCCAAGCAGAGCCAGCAUGAAGGGAGGGAGGGAGUCCCGUGCAUGGCCUUAGAAGCUGCUGCAGGGGGGAAGGGGGGUGGGGGAGGAAAAACACCACACCUCUUUUUAUAUAAGGUUUCAUAUUUAAUUUGGUCAUGAAUUCAUAAAUACAUGAGUAUUUUGUACCUAAUGGCCUUCCUUGUAUUGUUUGAUUUUACUGAAAAAAUUCAAAGAAGGGAUUGUCCGCUGGGGGCAAGGUUGAAAGGAUACCCAACCAUUAAACAAAACUUAAAAAGUGUUAUAUUUGGGUAUAAAGCAAUAAAGAAGACGAUCUCAUGUUCUCAUGAAGCUUCUCUCUGGUAAAAGCCACAACAGGCAAUUGAACAAACACAUAGAUGA